AUGUCAAGAAAGAAAACGGCUUUGUCUAUACAAUCAUACCAGAAUAAUGCUAUUAAUAAAAAAUCAACUGAAGGACAUACGACAAUCAAAUAUCUCCUUUCUGAGGAGAUCAAGAAAAUUCCGGGAUGGAGUCCAAAUAAAUAUCCUGGGAAAAAUCUAAAUAAAAAUGUAUAUGCAUAUGUGAAAAGGCGCCACAAAUACAUAGUCAACACAAAUUUUUUGGAAAAGGGCAAAGAAAUAACUGCGAAGAAAACCAUUAGAGAGUAUCUCUAUCAAUAUCUAAAGACCAGAGAUUCAAACUUCAAACCUACAACAGACAAAGCCGAAAUGACGGCUGACGAACUAAGUGAAGAACUUGGUGCACUUUUAGCGAUUGCCGACAGUGAAGUUGACAAUUCAAUACUUUCUAAUUUUACAAAAGCCAGAAACGAUCCAAACAUUAUUGCACCAAUAGUUGGUAAUCGUAAGGUCUCUCCCGUUUGUGAUGAUAAUACUUUUAUAAAAAUGGCUAAAGUGGGACGAGACCUUCGUAAAGAAUUUGGAAAAAAGGUUCCAUUGUCCGUUACAUACCCUGGAAUUGUUGAUGGAAAAGAAUACAUUAUCGCUUCGGUAAAUUUGACAGAAGGGACGCCAGUUCAUAACAUUCCAGCAGAGUAUAAAGGUUUUCCUUUGUUGGUCGAUUACGGGGCUUUUAAACCAUCAUGCGAUAACCGCCAAUUUCAGAAGACUUUCAAGCCUGGAAUCAGUAUAGGUGACGCCGAAAUUGAUAAUGCUUGCACAUUAUGUGCAUUAUUUAGGGUAAAAAAUCAAGAUAAAGAUGAAUAUCUUCUUACUGUAAAGCACGGAGUCGGUGAUGUUGAUGACUCAGUAAUUCAGCCAGGAAAGGGCACUCUUGAUGAUCAUUGUGCUCGUGUUAAAUAUUCGGACUUGAAUAUUGAUGAUUCAGAAAUGCUCGUAGAUUACGCCUUUUGUAUGAUUGACGAGUAUUGCGAUUCAAAUUCUAACAAAGCGUGUGGAACUGAAGUGGUUAUUAACAGUGUAGAGUCUAUUUUGGAUCAUAAAAGUGAAGAUCAAUUUAUAUAUGUCUAUAAGGUCGGCAGAGAGUCAGGACAUACCAAAGGACGAAUGAUCCCUGUUUUAGAACCUGUGGUCAUAACUGAAUUGUUUGAAAAAGCUAAAAGAGCUAAUGGUUUGUUGGUUUACGGUAUUGAUGGUAAAUUUGGGGAUCGUGGAGAUUCGGGUGCCCAGUCUACGAUGAAACUGGUGCCUUAUGGGAAUUUACGAGGCUAUCCAUAA